AUAUAUAGAUGGGGAGAAAGACCUGGAAAGUAUCUGAUGAGAGCCCUGAGGAAAAAGAAAAAUAGAAAUUAUAUAGAAAAAAUAAAAGAUGCUAAAGGAAACCUGAUGCAUUCAAAUAAAGAUAUCAUCAAAGCCUUCAUAGAAUAUUACAGGAAACUGUACAAUAUAAGCCCCCUGGAAGGUUCAGAAACUAUAGACAGUGAGAAGAACCAAAAAAGAAAGAAAUAUUUGGAAACGGCUGGGUUACUAAAAUUAAGCGAGGAUCAACUAAACUCCCUAGAUGCAGAUAUCUCACAGGACGAAAUAAAAUUAGCAUUGAAGGGGACAGUGUCGGGGAAAAGUCCAGGACCUGAUGGAUAUACAGUGAGAUAUUAUAAAAAAUUUAGUGAAAUUUUAGUACCAAAACUUAAAAAAUUACAUGAAUGCACUAGGUGGAGAGAUGGAAGUAAGAAGAGAAUCAUUACAAGCCCAACUCGUGCUCAUCCAAAAAAGAGGGAAAAGAUCCCUCUCAGUGUUCGAGCUACA